CUCAAAUGAGAGCCCUGGCAUUACUUUUCGCAAAGAUUUCGUCUGAUCGAGAACUACUGUUAACUAAACGGUAUCAAAGCUGAACCAUGAAGCUGAUGUACACAUGCCUCCUGCUGGUGGCUCUCACAGCCUACCAAAUCGAUGCCAGGCCAUUGAACCUCCUCGAGCGAUUCAAGCGUCAAGUUGGCAUGGGACCAUCGCCAACCGGAGAUGGUAUGGGACCAAGCCCAACUGGUGAUGAUAUGGGACCAAGCCCAACUGAUGAUGAUAUGGGACCAAGCCCAACUGAUGAUGAUGAUGAUAUGGGACCAAGCCCAACUGGUGAUGGUAUGGGACCAAGCCCAACUGAUGAUGAUAUGGGACCACAUCCAACAGGGGACAAACCAGAAUGCGAUGAUGACGAUUGUGAAGAAGAAGGUGGCAAGGGAGGCAAGGGUGGCAAAGGAGGCAAAGGAGGCAAAGGUGGCAAAGGAGGCAAAGGAGGCAAAGGUGGUGAUGAGGAAGAGAGCGGCAAAGGAGGCAAAGGUGGUAAAGGAGGCAAAGGUGGUGAUGAGGAAGAGAGCGGCAAGGGUGGCAAAGGAGGCAAAGGUGGCAAAGGAGGCAAAGGUGGUGAUGAGGAAGAGAGUGGCAAGGGAGGCAAAGGUGGCAAAGGUGGCAAAGGAGGCAAAGGUGGUGAUGAGAAAGAGAGCGGCAAGGGAGGCAAAGGUGGCAAAGGAGGCAAAGGUGGUGAUGAGAAAGAGAGCGGCAAGGGAGGCAAAGGAGGCAAAGGUGGUGAUGAGAAAGAGAGUGGCAAGGGAGGCAAAGGAGGCAAAGGAGGCAAAGGUGGUGAUGAGAAAGAGAUCGGCAAAGGAGGCAAAGGUGGCAAAGGUGGUGAUGAGAAAGAGAGUGGCAAGGGAGGCAAAGGAGGCAAAGGUGGUGAUGAGAAAGAGAGCGGCAAGGGAGGCAAAGGAGGCAAAGGAGGCAAAGGUGGUGAUGAGAAAGAGAGCGGCAAGGGAGGCAAAGGAGGCAAAGGUGGUGAUGAGAAAGAGAGCGGCAAGGGAGGCAAAGGAGGAAAAGGUGGUGAUGAGAAAGAGAGCGGCAAGGGAGGCAAAGGUGGCAAAGGACAGGAGGGUGGCAAGGGAGGCAAACAAGGAGGAAAGGGCGGCGAAACGUCCGGGAAGAAACAAAACAAAAUAUUAAAAUGAACUUUUCGCCUAACGCUGUCCGAGCAAUGACAAUUUAUAAGUGUCAUCAUAAGAUUUACUAUUGGUCUUAUAUUUUAUAAAGAAAUUAAAUCUGAUUGUUGCCGCUUUAAAAAGCGCUAGAUUCAAAUAAAAUUAAGAGCUGGCAAUCGUUUUACAGAAGAACUGAAUCAAAGACUGUGCGCUGAACAAUUCCAUUAUGAUUUCUCGCCCGCCGAAGAUUCAUAAAAAUCGCGAGUCCCUCAAAUUCUGAAGACCGAUUUUCGUUGAUCUUUCAAGAAUGUUCCAAAACGUUUUGAGAGCAGUCACCUUAAUGAUCGCCUAGAAGUCGCUCUGCUGACUUGAUGAAAAAAAACGAAAUAAGACGCCAUUUUAAAUCAGUCCCAGGUUAAACUACUGUGCCAAAAAAAUAUCAACGCGAAUCGAUGUUAGCAUGUAAAAGAUAUGUAAUGAAAUUGUGAUCACUAUAA